CAUACUCAUUCUAUAUAUUUCGAUGCUUCGUUCUUCUAUUUUCUCUCUCUUCAGACAAAGAUCAAUACCAAUUUCUCUGGUUUCAAUUGUUUCAUUUAAUCAAUUAUCUUCGAUUUCAAAGCCAACCCAUUUCAGAUCUUCCAUUAAUUUGGAUAAUUUGUCUUCUGAGUAUUUUUAUCAUUCUCCCUUUUCUCAAAGUUAUUCACAAAAGUCCAUGGCAAGUGACUCUUCUGCUCAACCCAAAUCAGUCCACGACUUUGUUGUCAAGGAUGCUCGUGGAAACGAUGUUGAUCUUAGCAUUUACAAAGGGAAGGUGCUGCUGAUUGUCAACGUUGCCUCACAAUGUGGUCUUACCAAUUCAAACUACACAGAAUUGACUGAAUUGUAUGAGAAGUACAAGGACCAAGGUUUCGAGAUCUUGGCAUUUCCGUGUAACCAGUUUGGUAACCAAGAGCCAGGAAGUAAUGAGGAGAUUGUGCAGUUUGCCUGCACUCGUUUCAAAGCUGAAUACCCCAUUUUUGACAAGGUUGAAGUGAAUGGUGGUAAUACUGCCCCAAUCUACAAGUUCUUGAAAUCAAGCAAAGGUGGGUUUUUGGGAAGUGACAUUAAGUGGAAUUUCUCCAAGUUUCUUGUUGAUAAAGAUGGUAACGUUGUUGACCGUUAUGCACCAACUACUUCCCCGAAGAGCAUCGAGAAGGACGUGAAGAAACUGCUGGGCAUUGCAUAAAAAGUGUAGACUUAAAAGGAGGCAGUUUCGUGUUUCGUUUGUUUUGCUAUCACCUGUAUUAUGUUUUCCGUUAUCAUAAAGGUGGUUGUUUGGCAAUGUACUCUCUGUCAAGCUUCCAUAAUUUGUUUAUGUAAACUGUACUAGAGUUUUUAUUCUCCUUUUAAUCUACCGCUGAAAAAGGGUCUAUGAAUCACUUCUUUGCUAUACAUUAUAUUUUUCUA